UGUAAUACGAAUAGGGAAUUUCUCGAUACUGUGACUGUGAUCUUCUAUUUCCCCUUUUUUUCCCCUGUCGCUUCGCUUCCCUAAACCUCUGCUCCAGUUUUCUUUAACCCCACUGAUUUCUCGCCGACACACUAUCACAGCAGCCAACGAUGGAUUCCGCCGACAAGGACGCCGUCGAAGCCGUACUCUCCGAGCAACGCCGUGAAAUCCUGGAGGCCAAAACCGUCAGCGCCGACCUUGACUUCGCCUUUGACCUCCAAAUGCAGGAGGCCAUCACCGCCUCCAUGCGGCACCUUCCUUCCUCCUCCUCCUCUUCGCUCUCCCCGCCGCCGCCGCCGCCUCCCUCGCCACCUCCUUCCGCGCCCCCUGCCGAGCCGGAGUUCGACUACGUGUCUCUCCUCCUCGACGACAUUGAGCGGCUGAAUCAGGAGUGGAGGGACCGGGAAGCGAGCGAGUAUUUUCUGCAGGAGAUGAAGACGGACCUCGACCGCCGGAUUUUCGAUCAGAACUUCGCCGGGGAAAUCCUCGACAUCCCGGCCGAUCAGUGGGAGAAGUACGGCGACAACUAUGAGAAGCCGUACGGCAGCGGCGGCGGAGGAGGAGGAGGCGGUGAGUCGUCCUCUGAUGCCUCCUCCUCGUCGAAGGUGGCGGCUGAGCUGGCGUGGGUGAGCGCGGAGACUUUCCGGCUGUAUUUCAAGGGUUUGGAGAGCGAGGAGCGAGUUAGGGACAAGAAGGUCACCGUCGCGGGUUUCGGGGUGGCUAUUUGUGAUUCUAAGGAUAAUUUGAUUUUCGAGCUCAGCAAGCGAUUGGAUGCUGCUACCGUUAGCAGGAGCGCUGGGAAGAUUAGUGAAGGCUUGCUAGUAGGGAUUCAUGCUCUGAUUGAAGGGUUGAAUGCUGCUUUGAAUUUUGAUCUGAAGAAGCUCACGUUCCUGUGCGAUGAUUUCAUGGCGUACCAAUACCUUACAGGUCGAGUUCAACCAACGCAGGCUGAGGUUUUGGACUUGGUUACCCAGGUGUCUUCUCUCCAGAGGAAGUUCACGGAGUGCACACCAGCGCUAGUGGGACGCAACAACAUCAAAUUCGCGUUUAAGCUUGCGAGAGAUGCGAUAGUUUCUCAGAUCACUUGGCCUGAGGAGACUGGCAAUGGUGGAAAGAGUCGGAAGGAGACUUGUGUGAUUUGCUACGAAGACACUGAUACGGCCCAGAUGUUCUCUGUUAAUGGCUGUCUCCAUAGGUACUGUUUUGGUUGUAUGAAACAGCAUGUUGAAGUGAAGUUGCUGAAUGGCAAGGAUGCUAAGUGCCCUCAUGAAAGUUGCGACUCUGUAAUUGAAAUCCUUUCUUGCGCAACGUUCCUGGAUCCUAAGUUGGUGGACAUGCUGAGCCUGAGAAGAAAGGAAGCUGCUAUUCCAGUGAAGGACAAAAUUUACUGCCCUUAUCCAAAAUGCUCGGAAUUGAUGACGAAAACCGAGGUGUUGGCGUACACGAAGCUUUCCCUUGUGGGCGCGGAGGUAUCUGGAGCCAGGAAAUGCAUGAAAUGCAAGAAAUAUUUCUGUAUCAAUUGCAAGGUCCCUUGGCAUUAUGACAUGACCUGUGCUGACUAUAAGCGAUCAAACCACCACCCUCGAGAAGAUAAGAUGCUGAACACACUGGCAAACAAGAGUAAAUGGCGUCAAUGUGUUAAGUGUAGCCAUAUGAUCGAACUUGAUCAUGGCUGCUACCACAUCACUUGCAGGUGCGGGUAUGAAUUCUGUUACACUUGCGGAGCUCCAUGGAAGAACAAGAGAGCAACUUGUACCUGUCCAAUCUGGGACGAGCGCAACAUCAUUCGGAGAUAGAGGAGCACGGCGAUCUCUUGGACAGUCCAGAGAUAGACUUACCUACCUACUACAUACUUGCAGAUUCCUGGCCCUUCGUUUUUUGAUUGGAUGAUGUAUUUACUAGGACAUCCUUUUUUGUGCAUGCUCUUUUUUUGGAACUGCAGAAAUGAGAGAAAGAAAGAAAUUGUGUUUAAUUGUCAGUGCUUGAUAUAGCUAUUGAGACAAACUUGCAGGGCACAUUGCUUGAAUCUCUACCCUGCUUGCUAUUAGUAGUCACUGCUGUGUUACCCUUGGAAUAGAAUACAGAAGUGUCUCAUUGAUGAUCGAUCGAUCAGAUUUGUGUGCAAGGGUAAAAUAUUUCACCCUGCAAGUUUGGAAAUUGCAUGUGGGAUAUCUGUUAGCUGUUUAGACCCAAAAGCCAAAAUUGUAUUUGAUGGUGAGAAGUGAGGACUGAGAACACUAUCGAAGUGAAAACCAAUCUCUGGUUAGACCCCAAACAUUUGACCCAAUUAUGUUUUUGACAGACUAAAAGAGUGUGGGAUUAUGUUUGAUAAUCGAAAUAAGUGACAUCAAUAUUGUCAUUCGUCGAAGAAGUAGACGUGAUAAAUGUAGCUCGUGAAGUAGUCAUUGCAAGUAAAAAGUUUGCUAAAAUAGUAUGUCUCUUUGAUGAGUAAUUCAUUUUUUAUUAGGCUACACAAAAUUAUAUUAUGUCAAUUAAUAUGGAUGUUUUUUCAACAUAGUUAACAUUUUAUGUGACAGUGUUAAUUUUUAAUGAUAUGUAGAAUUUUGUCAAACCUCAAUAUUAAUUCAAGUAAUUUUUAUUAUCUGCAAGUAUCUGACGCAUCUUUUUUGUUUCUAACAAAAUUUUAUUUUUACU